CACGCACGACGUCAUCAGUCAUCGCCGCGAGCGUCCAUGGGCGCAGCGACCUCCUGCGUGACGAGAUUUCAUCCGAAAUGCUGCGGUUGUUCCAGGCCGCUUCCCGGGCCUGGCUUCGACCCAAUGGCUCCCGGGUCAUCAGCUCUCUAGCAGAAGACGCAGUGCGGCCAGCGGAGAUCUCAGAGCCGGGAGAUAGCGCAGGUCUCCUAGACCCUGUAUUGCGCAAGUGUGAGCUCCCGAUACCGGCGCCCCGGCGCCCAGUGCAAGCCUGGGUCGAGUCUCUCCGAGGCUUUGAGCAGGAGCGCAUCGGUCUGGCGGAGUUGCACCCCGACGUGUUUGCAACGACGCCCCGGCUGGACAUUCUGCACCAGGUUGCCGUGUGGCAGAGGAACUUCAAGAGAAUCAGCUAUGCUAAGACCAAGACCAGGGCGGAGGUGAGUGGUGGUGGCCGCAAGCCCUGGCAGCAGAAAGGCAGUGGCCGUGCCCGGCACGGCAGCAUCCGCUCUCCCAUAUGGCGGGGAGGAGGUGUAGCCCAUGGUCCCCGGGGCCCUACAAGUUACUACUACAUGUUGCCCAUGAAAGUGCGGGCACUGGGCCUCAAGGUGGCCUUGACAGUGAAGCUGAUGCAGGAUGAUCUACACAUUGUGGAUUCCCUGGAACUACCCACUGCAGACCCCCAGUACCUGACAGAGUUGGCCCAGUACCGCCACUGGGGGAGUUCUGUGCUCCUUGUAGACUUAACACACGAAGACAUGCCCAAGAAUGUCAUGGCAGCCACCUCCGGGCUCAACAGCUUCAACCUGAUUCCCGCAGUAGGCCUGAAUGUGUACAGCAUGCUCAAACACCAGACUCUGGUCCUCACCCUGCCUUCCAUCGCCUUCCUGGAGGACAAGCUACUCUGGCAAGAUUCAAGAUACACACCACUCUACCCCUUCCGCUUGCCCUACAGUGACUUCCCCUAACCCUAUCCUGGUCACCUAGGGGCUUGCCCCACUCGGGGGCCAGGUCAGCAAGCACACCAGCCAUCCGCAAAAAAAGCAGUUUCCUGGAGUCUGUCGGACCUUGUUACCAGGAGGGAACAACUACACAGAGUCAAAAUGAUCCCUACCGGGGAUCUCUUUUGUCACAUUAAAAAUGAACCCUAUUUUUCACAAGACUUGGAAAUGGAGCUGGUCACUGCUGUGGGAUCCUGUCAGCUGUUCAUCCAGUGCUGGGUAUUCUUGAUGCCUCUCCUCCAGGGCUCACAGCCUGCCAGGAGGAGUUUCUCCCUCCUCAGGCAGAUGUUGGAGCCCGCAUCGGUGCCAAGCCUGUGCUUUCACCUCCUGGAGGGCCUCCCACCUGGGUGCCAGGCAGGCUCCUUACAGCUUCCUUCAGGUUCAGAUCAGAGCCAAGGUCUUGUGUUCUAGGAUAAAACCAAUAAACCCAUUUAAAGAGACCA